AUACGGGAGAGAAGCGGUUCGCGUGUCCCGUGUGUAACAAGAGAUUCAUGCGCUCCGACCACCUGUCCAAACACGUCAAGACACACAACGGCAACGGAACCGAUGGCAAAAAGGGCAGUAGUAGUGGUAGUUGUAGUGACUCCGAGAACAGUCAAAGCGAGCCCUCUGUCAACGCGUCCAGCAAUGGGCCGGCAGUCAACUCACAGCCGUUGGGACCCCCGCAGAACAACCCCAAUCACAACCAACACAUGUCUGGACACGAGCCCCAACAACACGACGGAAAAGUUGCCAAACUAUGGACUUAAAGUCAAUCAACACAAUAGACUGAAUUCACAUUAAGCUCAUCCAUACAUUCAUUGAAUACAUUCUCAAUUCUGGACAAUACUCGACCACAAAUUAGUUUGUCAUUUGAUAUCUCACUUAUUGUAUUAUAUUUGAGAGCAAAUGUAAAUUCUGAACUCAUUUGACCAAAUGUUUGGUCACUUUUGAAGCC